AUGCUCGGAACACUUUUGCUUGCCACCUUCUUAGGUGCUGGCCUUUCUCAGGCCAAGGCUCUGAAUGAGCGUGCUAGUGCCCAAUCGUACUGCUCCUCGAAUGAUGAGACAAGCAAUCCCGAGAGUGACCAAGACUCGAACUCAGACGAAAUGUGCCACAACGACGAGCACAAUUUUGUCAUAUACAAGCACAAUUACCAAUCCAGCGUGUACAGUGACUUCCACAAUCUGCAAUUGUGCCGAGCCUACGGGUCCGCCGCUCCAAAAACGAGCCCAGCAACAGGCGACAGUAUCAAAGCCACCGUGCUUCUCGGCACUAACCAAAGCGAGUGCAAUCUCAUCUGCAUGUAG